UAAUUCCAACUAUUUAGUCAUUAUCGUUAAUCUUAAGGAGCCUUAGUAUUUUUUGAUUUAACAGAUCUUUAUACCUAUGAAAAUAUAUAAAAUUGGCUAAAAGGUACAUAAUUAUGAAAAAAUAACAAAAAAGAUAUACAAAAUUAUGCUGAUGAUUCCGUAGCUAUAAUAAUUGUUGGUAAUAAAUUGGAUCUUGUGAAUGAAGUUUAGAAUCUUCGUUGUAUUUCUUAAGAAAAAGUGUAAUAGAUGUGUAAAGACUAAAAUUUACAAUAUGCAGAAAUAUCAACUAAGACUGGAGAAGGAAUAAAUGAAUUAAUUGAAUUACUAGUUAAGACUUUGUAGACAAGAAAAAUUUAGAAUGUACAAUAAUAAGAAAGACAAAGAUAAAAUUGUUGUCAUUGAGAAUUCUUGA